GGGUUUCGUUGGCGCCAGUCCUCGCUGGACCCCCUGCCGGCCCUGAGAGAGACCAUGGCGUUCGUGUCGACGCAAGGGCCCACAGUGGUCGACCAAACCACCCUGAUGAAAAAAUACCUCCAGUUUGUGGCCGCUCUCACGGACAUUAACACGCCUGAUGAAACCAAACUGAAAAUGAUGCAAGAAGUCAGUGAGAAUUUUGAGAAUGUAACAUCGUCCCCUCAAUAUUCUACAUUCCUGGAACACAUCAUCCCUAGAUUUCUCACCUUUCUGCAGGAUGGAGAGGUCCAGUUUCUACAGGAGAAACCAGCACAGCAACUCCGAAAGCUAGUCCUUGAAAUAAUUCACAGGAUACCAACAAAUGAACAUCUUCGUCCCCAUACCAAAAACAUCUUGUCUGUGAUGUUUAGAUUUUUAGAGACGGAGAAUGAAGAGAAUGUACUUAUUUGUUUGCGAAUAAUUAUUGAACUGCACAAACAAUUUCGACCACCAAUUACCCAAGAAAUUCAUCACUUUUUGGACUUUGUGAAACAGAUUUACAAGGAACUUCCAAAAGUUGUGAAUCGAUAUUUUGAGAAUCCUCAGGUGAUCCCAGAAAACACUGUUCCUUCCCCAGAAAUGGUUGGCAUGAUUACAACCAUCGCGGUGAAAGUAAAUCCCGAACGAGAGGACAGCGAAACAAGAACACACUCUAUAAUUCCCAGAGGCUCUCUGUCUUUGAAGGUGCUGGCUGAACUCCCCAUUAUUGUUGUUCUAAUGUAUCAGCUGUAUAAACUGAACAUUCAUAAUGUAGUGGCUGAAUUUGUGCCCUUGAUCAUGAACACAAUUAUAAUACAAGUAUCUGCACAGGCAAGGCAACAUAAACUUUACAAUAAGGAGUUGUACGCUGACUUUAUCGCUGCUCAGAUUAAAACAUUGUCAUUCUUGGCUUACAUUAUAAGAAUUUACCAGGAUUUGGUGGCUAAGUACUCUCAGCAAAUGGUAAAAGGAAUGCUGCAGUUAUUGUCUAAUUGUCCAGCAGAAACGGCACAUCUCCGAAAGGAACUUUUAAUAGCUGCUAAGCACAUUCUAACCACUGACUUGAGGAGUCAAUUUAUUCCAUGCAUGGACAAACUAUUCGACGAGUCUAUACUAAUUGGCUCUGGAUACACUGCUCGAGAGACGCUGAGACCUCUUGCAUACAGUACUCUUGCAGACCUGGUACAUCAUGUCCGUCAACAUUUACCACUGAAUGAUCUCUCCCUUGCUGUCCAGCUGUUUGCCAAGAACAUAGAUGAUGAAUCAUUACCUAGCAGUAUCCAGACAAUGUCUUGCAAGCUUCUGCUGAACCUGGUAGACUGUAUCCGUUCCAAAAGUGAACAGGAAAAUGGCAAUGGCAGAGAUAUUCUCAUGCGGAUGUUAGAGGUGUUUGUUCUGAAAUUUCAUACCAUAGCACGGUACCAGCUUUCUGUUAUUUUUAAGAAGUGCAAGCCUCAGUCUGAACUUGGUGCAGCUGAAGCUGCUUUACCUGGAGUACCAGCUGCAGCAAACGCAGCUUCCGUUCCUGUCCCAUCUCCUGCCCCGGCCACUCCUGUGGCCCCAGCACCAGUACCUGUGUUUGAGAAGCAAGGAGAGAAAGAGAAAGAAGAUAAGCAGACAUUUCAGGUCACGGACUGUCGAAGCUUGGUAAAAACUCUGGUCUGUGGUGUCAAGACAAUUACGUGGGGCAUAACGUCGUGUAAAGCACCUGGCGAAGCACAGUUCAUCCCCAACAAACAAUUGCAGCCUAAGGAGACACAGAUCUAUAUAAAACUUGUAAAAUAUGCAAUGCAAGCUUUGGAUAUUUAUCAGGUACAAAUAGCGGGAAAUGGUCAGACAUAUAUCCGAGUUGCAAAUUGUCAGACAGUCAGGAUGAAAGAAGAAAAAGAAGUCUUGGAACAUUUUGCUGGUGUUUUCACAAUGAUGAAUCCUUUAACUUUUAAAGAGAUCUUUCAAACUACUGUUCCGUAUAUGGUGGAAAGAAUUUCAAAAAACUAUGCUCUUCAGAUUGUUGCCAAUUCCUUUUUGGCAAACCCUACCACUUCUGCCCUCUUUGCUACAAUUCUGGUGGAGUAUCUUUUAGAUCGGCUGCCAGAAAUGGGCUCUAAUGUGGAGUUGUCCAAUCUUUAUCUUAAGCUGCUCAAACUAGUUUUUGGCUCUGUUUCACUGUUUGCAGCUGAAAAUGAACAAAUGCUAAAGCCCCAUCUGCACAAGAUAGUGAACAGCUCUAUGGAACUUGCACAGACUGCCAAGGAGCCCUACAAUUAUUUCCUGUUACUUAGAGCAUUGUUCAGGUCCAUUGGAGGAGGCAGUCAUGAUCUCUUGUAUCAAGAAUUCUUGCCACUGUUACCAAACCUAUUGCAAGGACUGAAUAUGUUACAAAGUGGCCUCCACAAACAACACAUGAAAGAUCUGUUUGUAGAGCUCUGUCUCACUGUACCAGUUCGACUGAGUUCCCUCCUCCCUUACCUGCCAAUGUUGAUGGAUCCCCUAGUGUCUGCUCUAAAUGGAUCCCAGACCCUAGUUAGCCAAGGUUUGAGAACUCUGGAACUGUGUGUGGACAACUUGCAGCCUGACUUCCUGUAUGAUCAUAUUCAGCCAGUGCGAGCAGAGCUGAUGCAGGCUUUAUGGAGGACAUUACGCAAUCCUGCAGACAGCAUUUCUCAUGUGGCUUAUCGUGUGCUUGGUAAAUUUGGAGGAAGCAAUAGGAAAAUGUUAAAGGAAUCUCAGAAAUUGCAAUAUGUAGUUACAGAAAUUCAAGGACCUAGUAUUACCAUAGAGUUUUCAGACUGUAAAGCAUCUAUUCAGCUUCCAAUGGAAAAGGCAAUUGAAACUGCUCUGGACUGCUUGAAGAGUGCCAACACAGAACCAUAUUAUCGGAGGCAGGCUUGGGAAGUAAUCAAGUGUUUCUUGGUAGCCAUGAUGAGCCUGGAUGAUAAUAAGCAUGCCUUAUACCAGCUUCUUGCACAUCCCAACUUUACGGAGAAGUCCAUACCCAAUGUGAUUAUUUCACAUCGGUACAAAGCCCAGGAUACUCCAGCCCGUAAAACAUUUGAACAAGCAUUGACAGGUGCAUUCAUGUCAGCAGUCAUCAAAGAUCUGCGACCUAGUGCUCUCCCUUUUGUAGCCAGCCUCAUCCGCCAUUACACGAUGGUGGCAGUAGCUCAGCAAUGUGGGCCUUUCUUGCUACAGUGCUAUCAGGUUGGAAGUCAGCCCAGCACAGCCAUGUUUCAUAGCGAAGAAAAUGGAUCAAAAGGAAUGGAUCCCUUGGUACUUAUUGAUGCCAUAGCAAUCUGUAUGGCGUAUGAGGAGAAGGAACUCUGCAAAAUAGGGGAGGUGGCCCUUGCUGUGAUAUUUGAUGUUGCAAGCAUCAUUCUUGGUUCUAAGGAAAGGGCUUGUCAGCUUCCUUUGUUUUCAUACAUCGUGGAGCGCUUAUGCGCCUGUUGUUACGAACAAGCUUGGUAUGCCAAGCUAGGCGGUGUGGUUUCCAUUAAAUUCCUCAUGGAACGACUGCCUCUUAUUUGGGUCCUUCAGAACCAGCAGACUUUCCUCAAGGCACUACUGUUUGUCAUGAUGGAUCUAACUGGAGAGGUUUCCAAUGGAGCAGUGGCUAUGGCAAAGACGACACUAGAGCAGCUACUGAUUAGAUGUGCAACUCCCUUGAAAGAUGAAGAAAAGACUGAAGAAAUUCUAGCAGCACAGGAAAAGUCUUUCCAUCAUGUAACACAUGACCUGGUUCGAGAAGUGACCUCUCCAAACUCUACUGUAAGAAAGCAAGCUAUGCAUUCCUUGCAAGUGCUUGCACAGGUUACAGGGAAAAGUGUUACUGUGAUCAUGGAGCCACAUAAAGAGGUCCUCCAAGACAUGGUUCCUCCUAAAAAACACUUACUUAGACAUCAGCCUGCAAAUGCCCAGAUUGGACUAAUGGAGGGAAACACAUUUUGCACAACUUUGCAGCCCCGACUGUUUACAAUGGAUCUCAAUGUUGUGGAACACAAGGUUUUCUACACAGAGCUGUUGAAUUUAUGUGAGGCUGAAGAUGCUGGUUUGAUGAAAUUACCUUGUUACAAAAGUCUUCCAUCGCUUGUCCCUCUUCGGAUUGCUGCUUUAAAUGCUCUAGCUGCCUGCAAUUACUUGCCUCAGUCAAGAGAGAAAAUUAUUGCUGCACUUUUCAAGGCACUUAACUCAACAAAUAAUGAACUGCAGGAGGCAGGAGAGGCAUGCAUGAGAAAGUUCUUAGAAGGAGCCACAAUAGAAGUAGAUCAAAUUCACACACACAUGAGACCGUUGCUUAUGAUGUUGGGAGAUUAUCGAAGCCUGACAUUAAAUGUUGUGAACCGUCUGACUUCCGUCACACGCCUUUUUCCAAACUCUUUUAAUGACAAAUUCUGUGACCAGAUGAUGCAACACCUGCGUAAGUGGAUGGAAGUGGUAGUUAUUACACAUAAAGGAGGACAGAGGAGUGAUGGAAAUCCUGCCGUGGAAGGGGUAGAGGAAAUGAAGAUUUGUUCAGCGAUCAUUAACUUAUUUCAUCUAAUCCCGGCUGCUCCUCAAACUUUGGUAAAACCUUUGCUGGAAGUCGUGAUGAAAACGGAACGGGCUAUGUUGAUUGAGGCUGGUAGUCCAUUCAGGGAACCACUGAUAAAAUUUCUGACACGUCAUCCAUCCCAAACUGUUGAGCUGUUUAUGAUGGAAGCAACUUUAAAUGAUCCACAGUGGAGCAGGAUGUUCAUGAGUUUUCUAAAACACAAAGAUGCAAAACCUUUAAGAGAUGUCCUGGCAAGUAAUCCAAACCGAUUUAUCACUCUCUUGUUACCUGGUGGUACCCAAGCAGCUGUUAGACCUGGCUCUCCAAGUACUACCACAAUGCGUCUUGAUCUUCAGUUUCAGGCUAUUAAGAUCAUAAGUAUUAUAGUUAAAAAUGAUGAGUGUUGGUUAGCAAAUCAGCACUCCUUAGUGAAUCAGCUAAAACGUGUGUGGGUAAGCGAAGCUUUUCAAGAGAGACAUCGUAAGGAGAACAUGGCCGCAACGAACUGGAAAGAACCUAAACUGCUGGCAUACUGCUUAUUGAAUUAUUGCAAAAGGAAUUAUGGUGAUAUAGAAUUGCUCUUCCAGCUGCUUCGGGCUUUUACAGGUCGUUUUCUUUGCAAUAUGACAUUCUUAAAGGAGUACAUGGAAGACGAGAUCCCCAAAAACUACAGUAUUGCUCAGAAAAGAGCUCUUUUUUUCCGGUUUGUAGACUUCAGUGACCCAAACUUUGGAGAUGAGCUCAAAGCCAAGGUGCUGCAGCAUAUCUUGAAUCCUGCUUUCUUGUACAGUUUUGAAAAGGCAGAAGGAGAACUGCUUUUGGGACCACCCAACCCAGAAGGAGACAAUCCAGAAAGUAUCACCAGUGUUUUUAUAACAAAGGUACUUGACCCAGAAAAGCAAGCAGACAUGCUGGAUUCGCUCAGAAUUUAUCUCCUGCAGUUUGCUACACUUCUUGUUGAACACGCCCCACAUCACAUUCAUGACAAUAAUAAGAACCGCAACAGCAAGCUACGGCGCCUGAUGACCUUUGCCUGGCCCUGUCUUCUGUCUAAGGCGUGUGUGGACCCAGCAUGCAAAUACAGUGGGCAUUUGCUUUUAGCACACAUCAUAGCAAAAUUUGCAAUACAUAAGAAGAUAGUGCUGCAGGUUUUUCAUAGUCUCUUAAAAGCUCAUGCAAUGGAGGCUCGAGCUAUUGUCAGACAGGCAAUGGCUAUUCUAACUCCAGCAGUGCCUGCCCGGAUGGAGGAUGGACAUCAGAUGCUGACUCACUGGACACGAAAAAUCAUUGUAGAAGAGGGUCAUACUGUUCCACAGUUGGUCCAUAUUUUGCAUUUAAUAGUGCAGCAUUUUAAGGUUUAUUACCCGGUGAGACAUCAUUUGGUACAGCAUAUGGUUAGCGCCAUGCAGAGGUUGGGCUUCACUCCCAGCGUUACCAUUGAACAAAGAAAAUUGGCUGUGGACCUUGCCGAAGUUGUUAUCAAGUGGGAAUUGCAGAGAAUUAAAGAUCAGCAGCCAGACUCAGAUAUGGAUUCAAGUGGAGCUGGAGAAGGAGCAAGUUCUGCCUCCUCUGCUGUUAAGAGAGGGCUGUCUGUUGAUUCUAGCCAAGAAGUGAAGAGAUUCAGGACCGCUACUGGGGCAAUAAGUGCGGUAUUUGGGCGUAGUCAGUCCCUGCCAGGAGCUGAUGCACUUCUUUCCAAGCCAAUUGACAAGCAGCAUACGGAUACAGUGGUCAACUUCUUGAUUAGAAUUGCUUGCCAGGUAAAUGACAACUCAAACACUGCUGGAUCUGCUGGAGAGCUGCUCUCUCGACGUUGUGUUAACCUCCUGAAGACAGCGUUACGACCAGACAUGUGGCCAAAAUCAGAACUCAAACUGCAGUGGUUUGAUAAGCUGUUAAUGACUGUGGAACAGCCCAAUCAGGCUAACUUUGCCAACAUUUGCACUGGGUUAGAGGUCUUAAGUUUCCUGUUAACUGUGCUGCAGCCACCAGCUGUCCUCAGUAGCUUCAAACCCCUGCAGCGAGGGGUAGCAGCUUGCAUGACAUGCGGAAACACCAAGGUUUUGAGAGCUGUCCAUAGUCUGCUUUCUCGUUUAAUGGGUAUUUUCCCUACAGAACCAAGUACUUCAAGCGUUGCUUCAAAGUACGAAGAGUUGGAGUGCCUCUAUGCCGCAGUUGGGAAGGUUAUUUAUGAAGGACUUACUAAUUACGAAAAGGCCACUAAUGCUAAUCCUUCCCAGCUCUUCGGUACUUUAAUGAUUCUGAAGUCUGCAUGCAGUAACAAUCCUAGCUACAUAGACAGAUUGAUUUCAGUUUUUAUGCGAUCUCUGCAGAAGAUGGUCAGGGAACAUUUAAAUCCACAGGCUGCAGCAGGAACAGCAGAAGCAAACACAGCAGGUACAAGUGAACUGGUUAUGCUAAGUUUGGAUCUCGUGAAAACGCGUCUUGCUGUGAUGAGCAUGGAGAUGAGGAAAAACUUUAUACAAGCAAUUUUAACAUCACUGAUUGAAAAAUCUGCUGAUGCCAAAAUUCUUCGUGCAGUGGUAAAAAUAGUGGAAGAGUGGGUGAAAAACAAUUCUCCAAUGGCAGCCAAUCAGACACCUACUCUCCGGGAGAAGUCCAUUUUGCUAGUGAAAAUGAUGACCUAUAUUGAAAAGCGUUUUCCAGAAGACCUUGAAUUAAAUGCCCAGUUUUUAGACCUUGUUAACUAUGUCUAUAGGGAUGAGAACCUUUCAGGCAGCGAGCUUACUGCUAAACUUGAACCUGCCUUCCUUUCUGGACUCCGAUGUGCUCAGCCUCUCAUCCGAGCAAAAUUUUUUGAAGUCUUUGACAAUUCCAUGAAGCGUCGUGUCUAUGAGCGCUUGCUUUAUGUAACUUGUUCUCAGAAUUGGGAAGCAAUGGGAAACCACUUUUGGAUCAAGCAGUGCAUUGAGCUCCUUUUGGCAGUGUGCGAGAGAAGUACCACAAUUGGGACAAGCUGUCAGGGUGCCAUGCUCCCAUCUAUCACUAAUGUUAUCAACCUAGCUGACAGUCAUGAUCGAGCAGCAUUUGCUAUGGUAACUCAUGUCAAACAAGAGCCUCGAGAAAGAGAAAACAGUGAAUCCAAAGAAGAGGAUGUAGAAAUUGACAUUGAGUUGGCUCCUGGUGAUCAGACCAGUACACCUAAGACCAAAGAACUUUCUGAGAAGGACAUAGGCAACCAGCUGCACAUGUUGACCAACAGGCAUGACAAGUUUCUUGACUCUCUUCGAGAAGUGAAGACUGGAGCAUUGUUAAGUGCCUUUGUUCAGUUGUGUCAUAUUUCUACACCAUUAGCAGAGAAGACUUGGAUUCAGCUUUUCUCCCGAUUGUGGAAAAUCUUAUCGGAUAGACAGCAACAUGCCUUGGCAGGUGAAAUAAGCCCUUUCUUGUGCAGUGGUAGCCAUCAAGUUCAACGAGACUGCCAACCAAGUGCCCUGAAUUGUUUUGUGGAAGCAAUGUCGCAGUGUGUGCCUCCCAUUCCUAUUCGGCCCUGCGUGCUAAAAUACUUGGGUAAAACUCACAACCUCUGGUUCCGUUCCACACUGAUGCUAGAGCAUCAGGCCUUUGAGAAAGGGCUGAGCCUUCAGAUUAAACCUAAGCAGACAACAGAAUUCUAUGAACAGGAAAGCAUAACCCCUCCUCAACAGGAAAUACUGGAUUCCCUAGCUGAGCUUUACUCUUUGCUACAAGAGGAGGAUAUGUGGGCUGGACUAUGGCAAAAACGCUGUAAAUUUCCUGAGACCGCAACUGCUAUAGCCUAUGAACAGCAUGGCUUCUUUGAACAGGCACAAGAAACCUAUGAAAAAGCAAUGGAAAAAGCCAAAAAAGAACAUGAACGAAAUAAUGCUUCCCCUUCAAUCUUCCCUGAGUAUCAACUCUGGGAAGACCAUUGGAUCCGCUGUUCGAAGGAGUUGAACCAGUGGGAACCUUUAACAGAGUAUGGCCAGUCAAAGGGCCAUAUAAAUCCCUAUUUAGUUUUAGAAUGUGCAUGGAGAGUUUCAAAUUGGACUGCUAUGAAGGAGGCACUGGUGCAGGUGGAGUUAAGCUGCCCAAAAGAGAUGGCAUGGAAAGUCAACAUGUACAGAGGAUACCUGGCAAUCUGCCAUCCUGAAGAACAGCAACUUAACUUUAUUGAGCGCCUGGUAGAAAUGGCAAGCAGUUUAGCCAUUCGGGAAUGGCGAAGGCUCCCUCACGUAGUGUCGCACGUUCACACUCCUCUUCUCCAGGCAGCCCAGCAAAUCAUAGAGCUUCAAGAAGCAGCUCAAAUAAAUGCAGGACUACAACCAACUAAUCUUGGGAGGAACAACAGUUUACAUGAUAUGAAAACUGUUGUAAAGACUUGGAGGAACAGGUUACCCAUUGUAUCAGAUGACUUAUCACACUGGAGCAGCAUUUUCAUGUGGAGGCAGCAUCAUUACCAGGGUAAAACUGCCUGGUCCAGCAUGCAUUCAUCAUCCAUUGUGACAGCCUAUGAGAAUAGCUCUCAGCACGAUCCCAGUUCCAACAAUGCAAUGUUGGGAGUUCAUGCUUCAGCUUCAGCAAUUAUCCAAUAUGGAAAGAUAGCCCGAAAACAAGGACUGGUCAAUGUGGCACUGGACAUAUUAAGUCGUAUUCAUACUAUUCCUACUGUACCUAUUGUGGAUUGUUUUCAGAAGAUUCGACAGCAAGUUAAAUGCUACCUUCAGCUGGCGGGAGUCAUGGGCAAAAAUGAGUGCAUGCAGGGCCUUGAGGUCAUUGAAUCAACUAAUCUGAAGUAUUUCACCAAGGAGAUGACUGCUGAGUUCUAUGCACUGAAAGGAAUGUUCCUAGCUCAGAUUAACAAGUCAGAAGAAGCAAACAAGGCUUUUUCUGCAGCAGUGCAGAUGCAUGACGUGUUAGUGAAAGCCUGGGCAAUGUGGGGCGAUUAUUUGGAGAAUAUUUUUGUGAAAGAACGUCAGCUACAUCUAGGUGUAUCUGCCAUUACUUGCUAUCUGCAUGCCUGUCGCCAUCAGAAUGAGAGCAAAUCAAGAAAAUAUUUAGCAAAGGUUCUCUGGCUACUGAGUUUUGAUGAUGAUAAGAACACAUUAGCAGAUGCAGUCGACAAAUAUUGUAUUGGUGUCCCACCUAUCCAGUGGCUGGCUUGGAUUCCACAGCUCUUAACAUGCUUAGUUGGCUCAGAGGGCAAGCUCCUUCUAAAUCUCAUUAGUCAGGUGGGAAGAGUCUAUCCCCAGGCUGUCUACUUCCCAAUCAGGACUCUGUAUCUGACAUUGAAGAUAGAACAACGGGAGCGCUACAAAAGUGAUUCUGGACAGCAGCAGCCAAGCUCAGUGGGAAAUCAGUCACAUUCUGCGUCAGAUCCUGGACCGAUAAGAGCUACUGCCCCGAUGUGGCGCUGCAGCCGAAUCAUGCAUAUGCAGCGAGAACUCCAUCCGACACUCUUGUCCUCCCUGGAGGGCAUUGUAGAUCAAAUGGUCUGGUUCAGAGAGAAUUGGCACGAAGAGGUCCUUAGACAGCUGCAGCAAGGCCUGGCAAAAUGCUAUUCAGUUGCCUUUGAGAAGAGCGGAGCAGUUUCAGACGCAAAAAUCACUCCCCACACACUAAAUUUUGUCAAGAAGUUGGUCAGUACUUUUGGAGUUGGUCUGGAGAAUGUGUCUAAUGUCUCCACCAUGUUUUCCAGUGCAGCUUCAGAGUCGUUAGCUAGAAGAGCACAGGCUACAGCCCAAGAUCCUGUAUUUCAGAAACUAAAGGGGCAGUUUACGACAGACUUUGACUUUAGUGUACCAGGUUCCAUGAAACUUCACAGUCUGAUUUCUAAACUGAAGAAGUGGAUCAAAAUCCUAGAGGCAAAAACUAAGCAACUUCCAAAGUUCUUCCUCAUAGAGGAGAAGUGUCGUUUUCUAAGUAACUUUUCAGCACAAACAGCAGAAGUGGAGAUUCCUGGAGAAUUCCUUAUGCCGAAGCCAACUCACUAUUACAUCAAGAUUGCAAGAUUUAUGCCUAGAGUGGAGAUAGUGCAGAAGCACAACACUGCAGCCAGAAGACUCUAUAUCCGAGGCCAUAAUGGAAAGAUUUACCCGUAUUUAGUGAUGAAUGACGCUUGCCUGACAGAGUCUCGUAGAGAAGAACGUGUAUUACAGCUCCUUCGCCUUUUGAACCCCUGCUUAGAGAAAAGGAAAGAAACCACAAAGAGGCAUUUAUUUUUCACAGUCCCUCGUGUUGUAGCAGUCUCUCCACAGAUGCGUCUGGUUGAAGACAAUCCCUCUUCUCUUUCCCUGGUGGAGAUAUAUAAGCAACGCUGUGCCAAGAAAGGCAUUGAGCAUGACAACCCUAUUUCUCGUUACUAUGACAGACUGGCAACAGUCCAAGCACGAGGGACUCAGGCUAGCCAUCAGGUUCUUCGUGAUAUACUGAAAGAAGUACAAAGUAAUAUGGUGCCACGCAGUAUGCUUAAGGAGUGGGCUCUACAUACAUUCCCAAAUGCCACAGAUUACUGGACGUUUCGAAAGAUGUUUACUAUUCAGUUGGCAUUGAUUGGCUUUGCAGAGUUCAUCUUUCACUUAAAUAGGCUCAAUCCUGAGAUGUUACAGAUUGCCCAGGAUACUGGGAAACUAAACGUAGCAUACUUCCGAUUUGAUAUUAAUGAUGCUACUGGAGAUCUGGAUGCCAAUCGACCAGUCCCAUUCCGUCUAACACCAAAUAUUUCUGAAUUUCUUACUACUAUUGGGGUCUCUGGACCAUUGACUGCAUCGAUGAUUGCAGUUGCUCGCUGCUUUGCACAGCCAAACUUCAAGGUUGAUGGCAUCCUGAAAACUGUGCUCCGGGAUGAAAUAAUUGCUUGGCACAAGAAAACGCAAGAGGAUACUUCCUCUCCACUCUCAGCAGCUGGACAACCAGAAAAUAUGGACAGUCAGCAGCUGGUUUCACUAGUUCAGAAAGCUGUUACUGCUAUCAUGACUCGACUUCAUAAUCUUGCUCAGUUUGAAGGAGGAGAAAGUAAAGUCAACACUCUAGUAGCAGCUGCAAAUAGCCUGGAUAAUCUCUGUCGUAUGGAUCCUGCCUGGCAUCCAUGGUUGUAACUUGAAAUUUAGCUAGCCUUUUUGCUGCUCUCUUGUCUUGUGAGCCAUGUAUUGUGUUGAGAAGAGAAUGUGAAGAAUUCAUUUCAAACCGUGACUUACCUGUCACACUGCCUGUUGUCAGUCUUUAUUUUAAUCAUGUUUACAGAAGUAGUACAAUUUUACUGUUUUAAUUUCUUGAAAGGGAUUUUCAUGUACAAAGAAAUAUGCUGUUUAUAACGCAAAGGCAGUGUUACAAAUAGCUUAAAACAAGAGGAGGAGACAUGCAUAGUGUACAGAAGAAUCUUAUUUUACGACGAGUGCUGUGAUUCUGGCGCUGUUAGGUUAUUAGGAAUAGCAAAUCCUAAAUCAACAGUAUGUAAACUUUUUAUACGCUUUAAGAAAUCAGUAUUCCUAGUUCCUGAAUUUUACUUGGUGACAUUUUAUUAAAUCGCUGUCCUUCAUUUGACUAUAGUGAAGGCAUGCAUGGACUGUUUUAAUUCUUUCAGAACUUUACAUGAACUAAAGUGGUUUGUACAGAGAUUUUUCUAACGAAUGUAUAGAAGUAAUGUUUUUGCUAGGCCCUUAGUAACAAUGAUAAAAAUUGUAUUGGCUUUUCUUGGAGCACAAUUUAUGUACAGUAAAAAGUGCAAGUCAGUUUGCUUAUUUGGCUUAGUAAUUGACACUGUAUUAAAAGGAAUUUAUAAAAAGGCAAGGAAAAAUUUCUCCAUUGAUGCGUAUGUUUGACAAACUGAUUAGAAAAGCAAAGAGCUAUCAAAUGAACCUCUCCCAAUUUUUUUGAUGUUUAGCUUUCUGUUGCAGCAGGUUCUUCAGAAUGAACCUGCUUUGGUUUAUCUUUGUAAUUUAAAAAAGAUGAGUUUAAUGUUUUAUUUGAGUCUUUCUGUUGUGUUAGCAUUUUUAUAAUCUUCAGUGUUGAGAUUGUUGUACUUAAAUUUGUACAGAGUGCUUUUUUUUUUUUUCAAAAUAAAUAUUUUUAAAAAUGC